UCUACCGAAAAAACAACUACAUCAUCCCAAAGGAUGAAACUAGUGCAGGCUCCUGCAACAAGAAGGUUGUUUCCUCGUUUGAGCCGAAGCAUCAUCGUUAUCAUCCUAUACCCCUCAAAAAAUGCCUGGUCAAGUGAUAAAAAAAGAAAAAAAUUUAACAAUUUCUUCUUCGCUAAGGAAUUUCCUUUACAACUCCAAGUCAAUCGAUUCAAGUACUGCUUAUCUAUCCAUGGCUUCUUCGAUUCCCAGUUCCAUUGCUGACGCUUUCGAAGUUGAAGGAGUAGCAGACACAGAGAUCUGACAUGGGUCAGGCCUUGUGCAAACUCUUCGAUAUUCUCGUCGGUAAUACUGAGAUAGGGAUAUUCCCACUUGUCUUGCAGCAGAUAGAGGGAAGCAAAUUAGCAAAGUCCAAAGUAUUGUACUUACCUAAAAGAGCUAACAAUUGCACACAGAUGUGUGAGACAUGUAUGAUGUCGAGGGUGCCUGGAUGCGUUAUUGCUACAUGUGAAGUGUGUGGUAAAGAGUGUUCAAUUUUCACAUCAAAUUCAAGGUCGCAUUUCGGAAGAAAAUAUUUCAAAUGUCCAAUGAACUGCCCAUUCUUUAUGUGGGUUGACCACUUUAGGAUUUGUAAGUGUGGUAAAGGCCAGUGUAAAGUAAGAAUUGUGAAGACAAAUGCGAAUUAUGGUCGAUACUUUUGGUGUUGUCCCCAAUCAAGUAGGGUUGGAAGUCAAGGAUAUCGAAUGAUUGCAUGGAUACCAAAUUCAAGUACAAGCUCCAACAUUGACCAGACUCCACCUUGGACCCAAUGUUCGGAAACCUCAACUUCAUCAUCUCCUUCCCCAUCAACAGACUAUAUCAAAUGAUAUUUGAACGGUGCAAUUAAAGAAUUUGAGGACAAGAUGAGGAUGAUGAGAGAUGUGCUAAAAGCAGUGAACAAGCUAGACUUAAAAGACUAGAUUUAACUUUGAUAGGAAAGCUUGUUAUGUUUUGGAAAGAAAGAUGUGGUUAUGAUUUCUUGACUGAAUAGCUAUUUUAACUCCUUUAUUUGCCUAUUAUUACAUUGCUAUAUUCUGAUCUGUAACCCCACAGACCUGCCAUUGAAUUCUGCAGUUUUUUAACUUUCCUAGUCCUAAUAUGAUUACUUCAUA